CUUCACACUUCAAAAAUCCUAAAACCCCUCUCAUUAUUCUCUCUAAAAAUCUAAACAACAAUUCUAGUGCUUAUCAUCAAGUUCAUGGAGCAGGAAAAUAAUCUAGAAACAGAGUACUCUUCAAUUGGAAAUUCUACAUUUCUCAAUAAUCCAAACAUCUUUGAUAGUCUUGAAAAAGAUUAUUCAUUAGGGUUGUUAUUAGAAACUGUGUUUGAUGUUCAUCAAGAUUGUGAUUAUACUAGUACAACUACUAGUUCCAUUUUUGAUUUGCUAAUGAUGCCACCUCAUGAACCACAACCUAUUGUUAAUCCAAUAUCUCCAAUCAUUACUUCCACAUUUCAAGAAUCAUCAAAUGAGUUGAUUAAUAUUCCUGUGACCCCUAAUUUAUCAUCAAUUUCUUCAUCAUCAACUGAAGCUACUGAUGAUAAUCAGCAGAUUAACACAGUAAACAAACAACAUGAUGAAGAGCAAGAUGAAGACAAGUACAAGAAACAGUUAAAACCUAUUAAGAAGAACCAAAAGAAGGAAAGAGAGCCAAGAUUUGCAUUCAUGACGAAGAGUGAAAUUGAUCAUUUGGAUGAUGGUUUUAGAUGGAGGAAAUAUGGCCAGAAAGCAGUAAAAAAAAGUCCCUUUCCAAGGAGCUACUAUCGUUGCACAACUGCAUCAUGUGGUGUAAAGAAGAGGGUGGAAAGGUCAAUUCAAGAUCCUUCAGUAGUUGUUACAACUUAUGAAGGUACACACACACAUCCAUGCCCCGUGAUGCCUCGUGGGUACGUCGGUGUUCUUCCACGAACCACCACAUAUGGUGGCGGUUCGUGGCAGAAGCAACCACUCCCUACUACAACUUUACCUUUAAAUAAUUCACUCCAAGAAACAAGGUUCUGGACUUCUUCCUCGUCGGAUAUAGAUCAUGGACUUCUUCAAGAUAUGGUGUCAUCAGAGUGAGAGAUGAAAAGAGAUCCUAUAGAAGAGUAGGAGCCUGUUUAGAUGGGCUUAAAAUAAGCAGCUUAUAAGCUGGAAACAGUUUCUAGCUUAUAAGUACAAAAAAAAAAAAAAAAAAAGUUGGGGUAGGCUAACUUAUUUUUUUCGGCUUAUAAGCUGCUUUAGAUAAGCUAAGCCAAACGGGUCCAAUUAUUUUUUUGGGCUUAUUUUUUGCACAAAAUGACUUUAAGCUGGCCAGUCAAACACUCAAAAAAGCUGAAAACAACUUAUAAGCCAAUCAAAACGGGCUCUAGGAAAGUACCUUUUAUCUUAUUGUACAACGACUAGUUUUUAGCUUAGUUAACGGUAGCAAGUUCUUUUGAUAAAUGGUGUUAUUCUUUCAUGUUGUAGAAUUCUUUGUACUUGAAUAUAUAGUUUCGAAUAUUUUGGUUUUUGUAUA